AUGUCAAAAACUUUCUAUAUUACCACCCCAAUUUUUUAUCCCAAUGACCGUUUGCAUCUGGGCCAUGCUUAUGCUAUGGUUUUGGCUGAUAUCAUUGCUCGCUACAAAAAAAGUCAAGGUUAUGAAGUUUAUUUUCAAACAGGGAGCGACGAACAUGGGGAAAAAAUUGCUAAAAAAGCUAGUUUGUUAGGGAUUUCUCCCCAAGAAUUAGUGAAUAAAAAUGUUUUACUUUUUCAAAAAUUAUGGAAAGAACUAGGCAUUUCCGAGCACAUUUUUUAUCGCACUUCUUCGCCUAAGCAUAAAGAAAAAGUUCAAAAAAUUUUUACUGAAUUGUUGAAUAAAG